GGCAGUAUAUUAAUUCUAUUAAAGACUCUACUAAUUUGAAAGCUGCUAAAACUCUGAAUAUUUGUAAUUUUUAUAAUAUUUUUGUAUGACAACCUCUUUAUGAUUUAUUGAAACCCCCUGGCGACGUUCUGAUGUAUUUUUUUGUAUUACACCCCACCCAACUGCCUUAAUAAAAAAAUAAAAAAUAAAAAAAAUAAAAAAACCUCUGCCCCGGAAGUAGUAGUGAUGACGCGCCGAGGCUAGCUAUAGCUAUUUAGCUUCCACAAGUGGAAUGCCGCUUGAAUUGUUUACUCUUUAUUUUAACCAUUCCGAGUUUUUCAUCUCAUCUCUACAGUCACCGGCUGCCCUUUGUGUAGACACGUGAUCAAUGACGGCUUUGGUUAGCCAUGGCUGUCGUGUCAUGGAAGGAGAUUUUACUUUUGACUGGACUGGUGGUGGGAUGUUACUGGAACAGUCUGUCCUGCGGCUUUGUGUUUGAUGAUGUCUCAGCAAUCCUUGACAACAAGGACCUGCGGCCUGCAACCUCUCUCCACAACCUGUUCCUUAAUGACUUCUGGGGAACACCAAUGGCUGAGGAGCGGAGCCACAAAUCUUACCGACCCUUGACCGUACUCACCUUCCGACUGAACUACCUCUUCAGCGAGCUGAGCGCAGCUUCCUACCAUCUGCUCAACGUUGUGUUGCACGCCGUAGUGUGUGUGCUUUUCCUGCGAGUGUGCCGGCUGUUCCUGGACAAGACUUCCAGCUUGGUGGCAGCGCUGCUGUUUGCUGUGCACCCCAUCCACACCGAAGCUGUCACAGGUGUGGUUGGCAGAGCUGAACUUCUCUCCUCAAUCUUUCUCCUGGCUGCUUUCCUGGCCUACACGAAGUCAACAGGUGCAGAUCACUCCAUCGUUUGGGCUCCCAUCGCUCUGACAGUUGUUCUAGUGGCUGCAGCAACACUGUGUAAGGAGCAGGGAAUCACCGUGGUCGGGAUCUGCUGCGUCUAUGAAGUGUUUGUUGCUCAAGGGUUCACCUUGCCCAUGCUGUUGGACACAUUACGGCAAGUGUUGCAGGGUAAAGACGGUUUCCCCUACGCUGUCCUGCAAACUCUGCUGAAGCUCAUCGUCCUGGUCAUCAGCACCCUGCUGCUCGUCAUCGUCAGGGUCCAAGUCAUCCAGUCCCAGCUUCCUGUCUUCACCAGGUUUGAUAACCCGGCAGCAGUCAGCCCGACCCCAGCCAGACAGCUGACCUUCAACUACCUGCUGCCUGUGAACGCCUGGCUGCUGCUGAACCCGUCUGAGCUGUGCUGCGACUGGACCAUGGGCACCAUCCCUCUGGUGGAGUCGCUCCUCGACCUGCGUAACCUAGCAACCCUGGUCUUCUACAGCUUCCUGGGCCUGCUGGCCUACCACAGCCUGCGCUACAGACACACCUCCGCCAAGACCGUCAUCAUGGCCCUGUCUUUGAUCGUCCUGCCUUUUAUUCCUGCGUCCAACCUUUUCUUUCCUGUGGGCUUCGUGGUGGCAGAGAGAGUGCUUUAUGUGCCCAGUAUGGGCUUCUGUGUUCUCGUUGCACAUGGAUUCAAGAUUGUCUCUCAUAAAGGGCACUUGAAGAAGAUCUCCUGGCUGAUAAUCGGGGUUCUUUUAACUACACAUGCAGUGAAAACCUUCAACAGGAACUGGGACUGGGAGUCAGAAUACACUCUGUUCACCUCGGCCCUGAAGGUCAACAAGAACAACGCCAAACUGUGGAAUAAUGUUGGCCACGCUCUGGAGAACCAAAACAAUUAUGCAAAAGCUCUGCGGUAUUUCCUCCAGGCGACUCGCGUACAGCCAGACGACAUCGGAGCUCACAUGAAUGUCGGAAGAACCUACAAGAACUUGAACAAGUCCAGAGAGGCAGAAGAUGCCUACUUGGUUGCCAAGUCCCUCAUGCCACAGGUUAUUCCCGGUAAGAAGUAUGCGACACGUGUGGCCCCCAACCAUCUGAACGUUUACAUAAACCUCGCUAAUCUGAUCCGAGCCAACGAAUCGAGACUGGAGGAGGCGGACCAGCUCUACCGACAGGCCAUCAGCAUGAGACCAGACUUCAAACAAGCCUACAUCAGCAGAGGGGAGCUGCUCCUGAAGAUGAACAAGCUGACCGAAGCCCGGGACGCCUACCUGCGAGCGCUGGAGCUGGACCGCACCAACGCCGACCUGUGGUACAACCUGGCCAUCGUCAACAUCGAGAUGAAGGACCCUUCAGAAGCCCUGAAGAACUUCAACCACGCCCUGGAGCUGAACCCACGGCACAAACUGGCUCUCUUCAACUCAGCACUUCUCAUGCAGGAAUCUGGUGAGCCAAAGUUCUGGCCCGAGGCCAACCGACGCUUCCUGAUCUACGUGGACGAGGAGCCCGACGACGCCAACGGCUACUUCAACCUGGGCAUGCUGGCCAUGGACGCCAAUGAGAACGCGGCGGCGGAGCGGUGGAUGCGUAAAGCCAUCGACCUGCAGGCCGGCUUCCGCAGCGCCCUGUUCAACCUGGCGCUGCUCUACUCUCAGUCCAAACGGGAGAUCGACGCGCUGCCGGCCCUGGACGAGCUGCUGCGCCACCAUCCGGAGCACAUCAAGGGCCUCAUCCUGAAGGGGGACAUCCUCAUGAACCACAAGAAGGACACGCGAGGAGCCAAAGACUGCUUCGAGCGCAUCCUGCGCAUGGACCCCACCAACGUGCAAGGCAAGCACAACCUGUGCGUGGUCUACUUCGAGGAGCGCGACCUGCCGCGCGCCGAGCGCUGCCUGGAGGAAACGCUGGCCCUGGCGCCCAACGAGGAGUACGUGCGGCGCCACUUGAUGAUCGUACGCAGCAAAAUGGCCGCGAUGAGCGCAGCGGGGCAUCCGCUGACGUCAACAGAGGGAGCCAGCGCUUCGGAUAAAGAGGAGAAGCCGAAGAGAGCCGAGGAGGCGGAGGAGGAGGAAGGGAGGGGUUCUGAUGCUGUGGGAAAGGGGGCUGGGGAGGAGAAGAAUGUGCGGAAAUCCUCUGCAGAAAGCCUCGGAGGUGUGGGCGUAGACCAAUCAGAGUCUUUGGACAGUAGCCAGUCUGACAAGCGGACUAAGGGUAAGUCCACUAAAGAGAUUAACGAUAUAGAGGAAAAAAGGGCAGCUGCUUUGAAGAGACUAGAGGAGAUUGAGCGCAUAUUAAGUGGUGAUUGACAUCGUGGUAACUUAUAGCUGGACUUCUUUUAUAGAGCUCUUUAACGCUCCGGGAUCAGACUGAACUCCCCCCUUUAGAAACGUGUACUCUUAAUCAUCAUUUUACUCCUUUUUUUUCGAUUUGUUCACUCGUUUGCAGGCUGCUCAGCAUGGCCCUGUUGAUUUAACACUAAUCAUGUAAAGAAGGGAAAUGUUGAUCCGCACACAAAAUGUAUGAAACACAAAAAAAAGCACAAAGCCAAUUUGGGAUAAUCUAUUUAAAAGCUUCUGGCAGAUGUAGACUAGACGCCAAUGUGUGUGUGUGUGCUCGAUCUGAAUGUGACUUCACAUAUCUGCAGUAGUUAUAAAUAAUAGUUUGUUUUUCUAUGUGUAGUCAUUGUUUAUCACUGGAUUUUUUUCUUUUUUUUUUAUCUUCACUUAAGAUGUGAGUCACUCCUGUGUGUUAUUGUUUGAAAAACAGAAUGAUUGUAUCACGGACAAUUAAAGGAAAUAACGAGAUUUCCUCAAGGCGGGAUGAUAUCGGCAGAGUUUACGCCUCAAAAUAGCCCAAAGCCACACAGAUUGAAAAUAACCUUCUACACUACAUCAACAGCACCGCCGUCUAAUCUUUAUUGAUCUCACUUCCUGCCACUACAUCAUCGGCCUCUGUGCUCACAGCUGCCUUCACCUCUAAAUCUCAUUGUGAUCCCAUUUAAAGUCUGUUUCCUCACUCCCUUUGUCACAUUACUCCACGCUCUCUCAUCCUUUCGACACAACAUGUCCCAAAUAAAUGUUUUUUUCUCCGUUAACUACCCCAUGCACAUCCCUUUUGACCAGGCCAACACCCAUUUUAUGUGCGGUCAACAAUGACGCACACUCAUCCUCGGCGUCAGGCUUCAUCAUGUGUUACUCAUUUUCGAGUUCCUUCUACUCUACAGGGGGAAUUUUCACAACACAUUUGCACAAAACAGUUACACAUUUACACGUUUUUGUAGUAGCCCUUGCAUUAAAACCAAAACCGCCCUGUAGUCACUACUGUCAUUUGAGACUAAUUAAGAAAUAAUUAAGAAAAGCUCAAAUAUGUCAACUCCUGUUUCCUCGAGACCAUUCUGAAACCUAGCGCCAGAUGAUUUUAACAAUUUUCUGCUCUGAUUAGGACCACUUGAAGGAAUAAGAGGCCAAUAUAAAAAAUACUUUUGUUACCGCAGAAAUGGGGAAGGACUUUUUUUGUGUGAGAGCAGACUUGUGAUUGUAGCUGUGAGGCGGGUCAGUGAGGUUCCAUUCAUCACGCUCAUUGCAAAAAUUAAGUUACAAGUCUUCCUUGCAAGCUGAUGUUAGUGGCUUCACAGCUCCCAUGAUAGUUCUUAUUUUGCUUCACAGUGCAAUACUGUUUCAGUUUCCCCCCCGAGGCUGACUACCACUGGGGCAGAUGGGCAACGGGGGGGUUGCUAUCGCCAUUAUUAGCUUGAGCCAAGGUAUUUAGGGUUGUCACCAUACUAAAAUGUUCAACUCGAUACCGAUACUCAGGAAAAUAUUCGAUACUCGAUGCCAUUUUCGAUACCACAAGGAUAAAAACUAAGACCCCAAAAUUUAACAGAAAUGUUUUUAUUAACAAGAAAAAUGCAACAUGUAAAAAUUAACAGAACCACAGGUUAAAUAUUUAUAAUAAAAAAAACAAAACGAAGCAAAGCAAAAAGAAACUGCAACUAUGAUAACAAGCUUCAGGUCUGAGGUAGUGCAAAAAAUAAAUAAAUACAAUAAACAAUAACAAUUACAACAAUAUUUUGAGGUUGUAUGUUGUGCACAAUAUUAGGCAAGCUUGAUAAAAAAAUAAAAAAUAACUUAAGUGUUCCUUCCUUGGCUAUGCUUUACACACAUAACAACAAUCGAUCGAUACUUUUGAAAAUGAGUAUCGUAUCCGGAUACAACGUUUUAGUAUUGAUACUUUUUGGAGUAUCGAUACUUUUGACAACCCUACUAGGAGAUGAUUUCUCUACUGUGCAAUCCACACCGACUCAGUCUUCUGCACAGACAGCUGUUUUAAUCACACAAAUAUUCCGCUUUGUAUGUGUUUUGAACUUAUUUAAUGCAUGUUAAUUGAUUAAUCCAUGCUCCCGGUCUGUUUGUGAGCUUCUCCUCCGGCUUCUUGGCAAUAAAUCAAUUAAUAUCUCUGCGCAUUUUGAAGAUUCUCAUGAGAAAAGCUUGAUGGAAACCCCAAAAUUUGAAAAAGUUUUGAAAAUGCGCAUAAAAGUUUUUAGGCUUCCUUGAAGUUGUUUGUCUUUUUCGAUAUGUAGGUAACUAGUCAGCUGUUUCCACUCCGACAUAAAAGAACAAUUAGAAGUUGCCCAAUUGAAUCUAAUUCCUGAAGAUAUUCUUUCUCUCGUGGGUGGCCAAAGUUGUCAGAUUUUUUUUUUUUUUUUUCUCUCUUGCUCAAUCUCUUCUUCUUCUCCCGUUUACUGACGGAUUAGCCUACAGCAAUACAUUACACUGCCAUCUUCUGACCAAAGUAUGUUACUGCUGCUUUGUUUAUUCGCUCUAAACCAGCUGAUGGAAACUCCUUAAUUCAUAUUUUCUUUAUUGCAACAUUUCAAAAUUUUGCUUCAAAGUUUUAUUCGACUUUCAUGGAAACACAGCUUCUGACUCCGUCUACGGCCGUGUUAAGUGAAGCAUAAUCUGCAUAGACAGCUGUUUUAAUCACACAAAUAUUCCACUCUGUAUGUGUUUUGAACUUAUUUAAUGCAUGUUAAGUGAUUAAUCCAUGCUCCCGGUCUGUUUGUGAGCUUCUCCUCCGGCUUCUAGGCAAUAAAUCAAUGACUAUCUCUGCGCAUUUUGAAGAUUCUCAUGAGAAAAGCUUGAUGGAAACACCAAAAUUCUAAAAAGUUUUGAAAAUGCGCAUAAAAGUUUUUAGGCUUGCUUGAGGUUGUUUUGGUCUUUUUCGAAAAAUAGUUAACCAAUCAGCUGUUUCCACUCCAACAUAAAGAACAAUUAGAAAUCGCCCAAUUUAAUCUAAUUCCUGAAUCUAAUUCAUUUCAAAAUUUUGCGUCAAAUUUUUAUUCGACUUUCACGGAAACACGGCUUCUGACUCCGUCUACGGUCGUGUUAAGUGAAGCAUAACCUGCAUAGACAGCUGUUUAAAAUCACACAAGUAUCCUGCUGUAUUUUUUACUUCUGUACCACAUGUUAAUUGAUUAAUCGAGGCUCCCGGUCUGUUUGUGAGCCUCACCUCAGUCAGUAGCCGGACAUCGGCUUGCUAACUUGCCUUCACCAAGCUGACUGACAGCAGAAAUUUGCUGAUUUACUGGAUAGUUUUCAUGUCAGCUUCUUGGAAAGAAAUCAACAAUGUUUGCAUUUACUGAUUGAUUUUAUAUCCCGAUCCACUGUAGUAAGUGAGGGGAAUCUGCAUGUAGUGAAACAGCGACACAAACAGACCGGGAGCACUGAUCAAUGAAUGUAGAUGCGGUGUAUAAAAUCAUACACACAAAGGGAUAUUUAGGUGAUUUAAACAGCUGUCUAUGCAGAAAACGACACAAAAAUAAACAUAUAAUUUGAUCCGUGAGGGAUGUUUGAAAUGCAUCCAAUGGGGAUUCACCGUUAGUUGAUGUAAAUCACUGCAUCUCCCCAGGGAAAAACCACAGUUUCGCCACAGAUUUUCAGUCUGCAUGCACAUUAUUUAGCCUCCGUUGAAACAGGCCAGGAUAUAUUGGCAGCGAGCAACAACUUAGCUUGCUAUAGAGAGUUUGAAUGCUGUCUCUCUGCUCCACGCGCACCCCCAUUGAACCACAGACAGAAAGAAAAAGUGGGAAAUAGCGCGACAAGUAGAGCCGAAAUGAAAUGAGUGCACAUAAAAUAGGUAGAUCACAUAUUUUUGUUUCUGUCUUUAAGGCGAUAGUAGGGGGAACACUGCAAUGACCCUCUGCUCAGUGCAAUCCUUUAAGUGGAACAACAGGAAAGACUUGAUUACUGUAAGUUAGCAGCACUGUGGUGGUACUAAGGAGCCUUGCUAUGCAUCGACCAGCCCUUAACUAUAUGUACAUAUAUUUACAGUGUAUUUGUGUCCAGUGUUAUUUAUGUUUCUAUGCACUGCAAAUGCUGUAGAUGUUUUUUGUUUAUGUCUACCAGUUACAGUAUGCUUUAAACUCAUGGUGCAUUAUUUUUGUCUGUAUUAAUUUCAAUAUGUGUCACUUGUCAUAGAUGUUUCUCACUUUCAAACAACAGAGCCAUGUCAGUGUUAAACAUGUAUGAACAUUUUAAUCAACUCGUCUGCCCCCCAGAAUAGUAGGUACAGCUUCGAACGAGGAAACUCCAAGUUUGCAACAUGUUCUGUUUCACCUCAUUUUGCUGAGGGGCUGAUUUUUUUGUACGAUUUGAGAUUUUUUUUUUAAUGCAAUAGCCCUUGGUGGUGGGGGUCUAGGUUAUUAAAUAAAGUGAGAUGACAACU